AUGACAAAUUUGUUCCAGGUAAAGAGAAAAAGAAGAAACCGCUUGUCAAAAGUGAAAGUGGUUCUACUAUUGCUAGUAGAUGUUACUCAGUGCCACGUCUCAGUAAUAAAUACUAUAAAAAGCAACCCCCACCCUUUGCCAUCGCCUUUCUCCUCAGUGUCAAUUCUCAAAUUCAACAAAAUGGUGAACCAUCCAUGGGUGGACAAGGCUGUCCACGAAAACGCCUUGGUCUGUGAAGUCCUCCUUCAACUCCAUCAAGAAGUUUCACAACCACAGAUACCUCAACCACCACCACUAAUGCCUCAACCACUACCACCACCAACGAUGUCGCAAGCACCAGAGCAGGACGCACCAAUGAUUUACAUAGACUGGGGUGUCCGCCAGCCCCGUUCCAGGCGAACGGAAGUUCGUCUCGUCACCGCCAGAUCGGAAGUCAUUGUUGGUGGCUCUACCAAUCUGGUAUCCAAUAGGGGUGCAACUUCCACCGGCAACCUCGAGAAGUCCGGUCGACGGAGCCUGAAUCGUUCCAAUGCCUCUAGAUCCAAGGCUAUCUUGUCGGAGCCAAGUGGAAGAAGAACGCCUACCAGGAGGCCACGAAAACAUAAGGAACGGGAAACAAGAAAGAUCGUUAUCGAACACAAAAAUGAAAAGGAGCCCCCUUAG